UAAACACUCUAUUGUCGAUGAUUAGUCAAUGUACCUAUUAAUGUGGCCGACGAGAACACGAUGGGGGAUCUAUAUAAGGCUUCCAAGGAGAAUUGGUGAUGGAUUCUCUCAUCAACAUACUAUCGUGCUUCGAGGCAGACUUGUUCCUUAUUCUAUAGAUACAGAGUCUCUUUGGUCUACAUUCACACCUCAACAUGACGUCUCCAAUCCCCCGUCCACCUCUAAACCCGGACCUCGCAUCAGCCCACAAAACAACACCCUUCCUCGACAUCGACACCACCGAAAAGCUGCACUCCUAUCGCGAAACUGUCCACCCAAUGUUUACUCUUGAAAACGCAAUCCGGGGCAAAGAGGACACGAUUUCCACGACCGAACUCGACAUCCCCGGCCCAGCAGGCCCCAUGCGCGCCACAAUCCUCCGCCACAAGAACCCCAUACUUACCGCUGCCCAAACCCCGGGUGUCCUCCACAUCCACGGCGGCGGCCUAGCGACAGGAACCCGGUUCCUCGGGUAUACAUUCAACGACUGGAUCGAGGAGCUCGGCGCCGUGAUUGUCACGGCCGAGUACCGGCUCGCCCCGGACCAUCCGGCGCCCGCGGGGCUGGAGGAUAGUUAUGCGGCGCUGCAGUGGAUGGCAGAGCAUGCAGAGGACCUCGGCUUCAAUGCACAGAAACUCAUCGUCGGCGGCGGGUCCGCAGGCGGAAAUAUCGCGGCGGGCCUCGCGCUCCUCGCGCGCGACCGAGAUGGACCGAAACUCGCCGGCCAGGUCCUCAUGUACCCCUGGGUCUCAGACAGCAUGGAGUGGCCAUCCAUCGAGCAAUACGGAGACAUAGCCCCCGUCUCAAAAGCGAACCUGGUUACCAUAAAUGACUACGCCUUUGGUGCGAACCGUGAACACGCGGAUAUGUAUACUGCGCCCCUGCGUGCAGAGAGCCUUGCGGGGCUCCCGCCGACGUACCUGGACGUGGGCGAGGCGGAUGUUUUCCGGGACCAGGCUGUGGCGUAUGCGGUCAAGUUGUGGGCCGGUGGGGUGUCCACAGAGUUCCAUGUUUGGCCGGGGAGUUGGCAUGGGUUUGAUGUUUUUGUUCCGGGGGCAGAGGUUAGUCGGAGGGCUGUGAGGGCGAGGUUGGAGUGGUUGAAAAAAGUGGUUGGUGAGUAGAUGCUGGAUUGAGAAUGGGGAUAUGGGUUGUGAUGGGUUGUCCCGUAUCAAUAGACUAGAUAUAGAC